AUGGACGAAAGUUUUAGAGAUUCAAGAAGGAUAUAUUUUGAUAAAAAGGAUGAUGAUGCAUACAAUUUUGCAUAAUUCUUUAGUGCAAUGAAUAUGGUUGGACAUUUAUUUGUGGAACAUUCUCAGGGAGGAUUGUAUGCUGAUGAUACGAAACUUAACUGUGUCAAUGAGGUGAAUGAAAUGGAUGGGUUGGAAGAGGAGAUGGUUGAAGGUUUAGAUGACAGUGAAGAUGAGAGAGCUACUGCUCUGCUUGAUGGAUUUGAAGGAAUCGAUGUUACAUUGCCAUUAAAUGAAGAUGUAAGUCUUAGUGGGCUUUUUGGUAGGCCCAAGAAGACCACAAAUGAGGAUGAAUACCUUUGUGAUGAGUUGAAUAGUGAUGACCCAAAUGAUUCUUGUGAUGAUGAAAGGCCAAGUAUGAAAGGUUUAGAAAAGAUCACUUUAACAAGGACUAUAAGUUUAAGAUGGAUAUGA